AUGGGCUUCGAAUUCGACCACGAAAGGAUCCCCCUCUACAAACUGAUCGUCCACAUCAUCCAGAUUGUCAUAUCUGUCACGAUCUGGGUCCUCGAGAUCAUUGUCUUCAAAGGGGGCGAUAUCAACGGCAACAAUGGCUGGACCUUCGGAGUGUGCUUCCUGAGAAUAGCCGAUCCCAAAGCCAUGCUCGUUUUUGAUUUUAUGUAUACCGUCAUCUGGCUGUCUGCGUUUGCCACGCAGGCCGCCUACAACACAGCCAAUGACUGUGGUAGCGCCUGCGGGCCUAGCAAGGCCAUCGUCGGCCUGGGCGUCUUUAACACCCUCUUCUGGGCCGCCUCCACCCUGAUCUCAGUGGCCACAUACCGAUACUACAACUUCAACGGCGUCCUGCCUGGUUACGAGACGUCUCGCGGCCCGCGCACAAACAGUAUCGACCCAGACAAGGCCGCCUUCUCCACCGCCCCCGUGGACGAGGAGGCCUAUGCCCCCGUUGGCAUGAACGACCAGGACGACGAGCCCGAGUUCAACGCCUCCCCCUACGGAGGCGGCAUGGGCACCAGCUCCACCCGACACGACGCGCAUGACAUCAACCCCUACACCGCCGACACCUCGUACGGUGGCGCAGCCGCCGUGCACAACCCGCCCUUUGAACACCACGGCGAGUACAACACCCACACCUCGCCCGCACCCCCUGGUGGUCACAUGUACGCGCCGCCACCUGCCGCCGCCGACUUCGAUGACAGGCCAGUUGCCUUCCCUUCUGCGGACUACAGCCGGGUACAGUAA